GUUACCUACUGGAAUUUAAAACGUGCUUUUCGAAAAGGAAACGUAUGAAAUACUAUCACACACUUCACAGUUGCAACACGAAAACGUCCCAUUAGCACACAAUAUCCGAUUCGAGGCAUGUCUUUUUUUUUGUGUGGGCGACGUGAAGCGAAAGAUAAAACGUAAUAUAUAGAGGUCAAUUUCCUUCGGAGAGCGACGUCAAAGCCGUGCAUUCCUGAGCUGCGCGAAGCGAGACGGCCGCAAGAGCGCUCUGUUGCCAGAAAGUAACAACAUGGUGGUUGCUUGUUGUUAUCUAACGCCCUACGUGUGGCUCAUUAUUUAAUUACUGUAAAGACUUUUUUUUUUUGUUAAAAGUAUGUGCGUGUAUGUUAUAGCAUUCUAUCUUGCUUGUUUGUAAUUUUUCCAAUACUUCAUUUAUGCCGUCAUAAUAGUUUUCAAAAUCGCUGUCACUUAGGUCGAAGUAACGGGUAUUAUGUACUUCAGAAGUAUUUCGCUAUCAAACACGUCAAUCCAGUACUAUUUUGCUUCUAAUUUGGUUUUUUUUAGGGGCUUUUGGUUUAGAAUUGUCUGUUUAUGAGAACAGUUCGCGUUGUGAUCAAGCGAUGCUAACCUACAUUUCAAUCCGAGUUGUUUUGCUGUCGCAGGUGUAACAUGUUUUCUAAGAAGAAAAAGAAACCUUUGAUAUCGCACCCUACGAACUUCGAGCACCGUGUACACACGGGCUAUGAUAAGCGGGAGGGACGCUAUGUCGGUCUGCCCCUCCAGUGGGCCAGCAUCGUGGGCAACAACCAGAUUUUGAAAAGUACCAACCGACCACUGCCCCUUGUUGAUCCGUCGGAAAUAACACCAACUGAAAUCUUGGAUCUGAAGACGAUCGUCCGUGGAGAUGCAAGGCUCAACGGCAUACCGAAGACAUCGAACGUGGCCCGGUCCAACUCGCUGCGGUCGUCCAGCCCUCCACGGCGCUGGAAGGACUACCGCUCUGGUGCUAACGUCCCGCCUUCCGUCCCCGAGGGGGAGGUCGUGCACGGCCCGCCCCCGCAGUACGGGCCAUCCCGCCAGGACCUGAGGGAGCCCCACGCCCCCGGACAGGGGAAGCCCAGCCCCAGCCAGGGACAUGACGUGGUGCGGACGCCAAGCGGCAGCGCGGUGCCUGAGGGGCCGGACCACCGCGGUCCACCGCCAUACCACCACAACCACAACCACGUGGCCAAUGGCAACUUGAUGCUGCAGCAGGGCUCUCACGGGAGCCUCCCGCCGCACAACACGGAGGCCGUGGGCUAUCAGCCACACGCUCGGCCGCAGCGUUACCAGCCGUCGCCGGCCAGCUCGGGCUCGAGCCACCGCGGACCCAGCCCCCAGCAGCAGCUGACCCCUGGACAGCAGCAGCAGCCUCCCAGGCCACUGUCUCAGUUCGGGCCCCACCCACACCCCCCGGUUCAACCCGCGCACCUGCCCAAGCCGGGGACGAGCGGUGACCACCCGCACCACGGCCGGCCCUCGCCCGACCAGAACCAGAACGUGAAGCCCCCGGCGUCCCCGGCAGGGGCAGCACCCGCGGGUGUCGGCGCCGCCGGCCAGGCGCUCGCCAGCAAGCAGCACCACGAGCAGCAGAGACUCACGCACGAGCAGUUCCGCGCGGCCCUGCAGAUGGUGGUGAGCCCUGGCGACCCGCGCGAGCACCUCGAGCAGUUCAUGAAGAUUGGUGAGGGCUCGACAGGCACGGUGUGCAUCGCGGUCGAUCGCUCGACCGGCCGCCAGGUUGCAGUCAAGAAGAUGGACCUGCGCAAGCAGCAGCGGCGCGAGCUGCUCUUCAACGAGGUGGUGAUCAUGCGGGACUACCACCACCCCAACAUCGUGGAGAUGUACGACAGCUUCCUGGUGCAGGACGAGCUGUGGGUGGUGAUGGAGUUCCUGGAGGGCGGUGCUCUCACAGAUGUGGUGACGCACGCUCGCAUGGACGAGGAGCAGAUCGCGACGGUGUGUCGACAGUGCCUCAAGGCCCUGGCCUACCUGCACGCCCAGGGCGUCAUCCACCGCGACAUCAAGAGUGACUCCAUCCUGCUGGCGGCCGACGGGCGGGUGAAGCUGUCGGACUUUGGCUUCUGCGCACAGGUGUCUCAAGAGCUGCCCAAGAGGAAGUCGCUGGUGGGGACGCCAUACUGGAUGUCCCCAGAGGUGAUCUCCAGACUGCCGUACGGGCCGGAGGUCGACAUCUGGUCCCUCGGCAUCAUGGUGAUUGAAAUGGUGGAUGGAGAACCGCCGUUCUUUAACGAGCCGCCUCUGCAAGCCAUGCGCCGCAUCCGGGACAUGCCUCCGCCGAAGCUCAAAAACACUCACAAGGUCUCCCCCCAGCUGCAGAAGUUUCUGGAGCGGAUGCUGGUACGCGACCCCGCGCAGCGUGCCACGGCCACCGACCUCCUGCAGGACCCGUUCCUGCGGCAGGCAGGGUCGCCCGCGCUGCUGGUGCCGCUCAUGCGCGCGUCACGCCACAGCAACUGCUAGCCAGCCGUGCUCCUCGAUGCCGGGACUAGUGCGACUGUAGUUCGCUCCGGCUGCUCUCAACCAUUUCAAAUUCUUGCCGGUGUAAAACUGUCACAAGUUUAACUUAGCAAGGCAAUGUCUGACGUUGCAACCUGCAUUCCUCUUUACACAGGAUGAUCAUUUAAUGCCUGGAGCUCUUUAGAAGGGCAGCUAUUACUACUAGUUCAGUAAGAAUUGCUGUGAAAACUCUUAAUGCCUUCCAUCCAACCAAACAGUAUUCAUUCAAACCUUCCUCUAUCAGCUAUGAUAUGCCACCAAGAUUUAAGAGGCAAAAUUUUGUGGAAGUAUUUAUUUAAUUUAAAAAAAAAAAUUAAUACUCACAAUAUUAUUAUUAUUAUUAUUAUUAUUAUUAUUAUUAUUAUUAAUGUCUUGCACAGUGGGAGUUGAAAACAAGAAGAAAUUUUUGUUCUUAAUUUUGAAAUGUAAUUUAAGUAACAACUGUGUAGUAUUUUAUAUUGGUUUCUAAUAUCUACUUAAGAAUACAAUUAUUUCUUUACAUAAAUUUUAUUUGCAAAUAAUUUUUAAAGUUGCAGGUAAAAAACUAACUCGAAAUAUUAUAAUUAUAUAUUUUGUUUUUAGUGUAUACAUUAUUAAAAACAUUUGCUAGAUUUAAAUUAAUGUUGAAAUGAUAUGAGAUUGUGUUGCCUAAGUUUUAUUCUGCAAAAUCUUGCCUCUAGGCUGCGAGUCCUUUUUCGUGGCUCUGUUUGGUCCGUCCAAAGUUCGUAUUUAUUUCCUGAUGACGUUACUAUGUUAGUGUUUUACUGUUAAAUGAAAUGCUGUGGUAACCAUCGAUGGUAACAUAUCUUCUGUCUAGCUUUAAAUAAUCACCAUAUUGUGUUGCAAGGUAUGCAAAUCUUUGUAGUGAUAACUUUUUAGUUGGAAAGAAAUAAAGAAUGUUAUCCUGGUUCAUGUUGGUUUAAAAAAAAAUUGUAUUAACUGUUUGAAAACAGGUAUGGUAACACUCUAUUAAGCAUGAUAUUUGAAAUGUGGUCUACAUACGUAUCUAUCUGUUGUCACAACUGAAUAAGAAAGUGGUACCUUUAUUGCCAGUUUAAAACUUAAAAAUCAAUCUUAUACAAAAAAAUUCUUACAGAAUGACAAAAAAUAAUGGAGAAAUUUGUAAGAAAUAU